GUUUUUUUUUAGAGAUCCUGUUAUGAUCCUGUCAACCUGUCAAAAUCAUAUUUGAUCAGAUUGAUGCUAUUUAUUUCGAUGGUGUGUGCUUAGGGUAUUAAUGAAAUAUUAUGAAAACGCUCAAGUUAUUCCAUACACGAACUCACAAGUGAAAAAAUCGUAACAUACAGUAAAUUCUGACAAUGACCUUUUUCUUGCCUCCUGGUUGAAAAACAAAUUCAAGUCAUGAAUGGUACAGCAGUUGAAGAAGGGUCAGUGACUGACAGAAGACCGCUAAUUACCUGUGCGGGUGAAUUGGAAGUAUUUUCAACCUUCGAAGACAGCUUAUUUCAAGCUCUUCCUCAAGAUUCUUGCGAAUGGAGACGGUCAUUAGGGCGCCCAGUUCGAUCAGUGCACAUCGGUGCAAAUUUUGCUCCAUUUAGUGCUUUGGCAUUGCCUAAAGGUAAUCAAUGGGACCUGAUCAGACAACCACUGUUUCACAUUUAUUGGACUGAAUGCACGGACGUUGAUUUGUAUAAAACAACCGUUCGAGAUGAUAUUGAAAACUGGUUGAAAGAGUUAACAUCUAGGGACAUACCAGAUUUUCUUAUUGUGGUUGUAGAGAACUACGAUGGAAAACGUACUAAUAAACUGUUACCAAGGACUACUGUGUUGGAUAAAAUUCGAACUGAUUUUGCUCCAAAACAGGGUGAUAGGUGUAUAUCUGUGAUAAAUCCUGGAAAGGUAGAGGCACGUUCAGCUGAUUCAUGGCGAGGUCUAGUUGCUAGAGUAAGACAUUUAUUAUUAGUAGCUUAUGCCAGGGCCGUGUCAAGGCUUGAGGAUCAUAUAAGACAACAACGAGAAAGAAGAAAUGAAAUUGGUUGGAAUUUUAUGCAAUAUUUUCAGCUACAAGAAGAAUUGGCUCACGUUUUAAAAAUGUUAGGUUUACAUGAAGAAGCUUUGGUGCAAUAUGAUGAAUUAGAUGCUCUCUUUUCCCAGUUUGUAGUCAAUGGAAUAACAGGCGAGUCCAUUAAUUGGCUCGUUGAUUUCCAGAAACCCUUAGAAAAAUGGCAUGGCUUAAAAUUAAAUAACUCAAUGGUGCUCUCUCUCAGUCCAUCCCUUUUAGAGUUAAGAGCAUACUUAUUUGCAAAACAAGCUCAAAUGUUAUUAAAGGCUAAUAAAGUUUGGGAGAUGGCUUCAAGGUGUUUACCGUUUCUUCAUUUAACUACUAGGGAAUUGACUGUUCUAGAAAUUAGUGCACCACCUGGUGCCAUAUCAUGUUGGCUGUUUUUAGCCUGCAUGGAAGUUUUACGAAUUUGCGACAAAUUUAACAGUGCUGAUGCAGUUGAAGAUUAUUCGCUGCAUACAGCGUGUUUGUGGGCCUACGCGAGUCAAAAAUUGCGAGACCUAGGUGAAUUAUGCGGUUUAAUGCCCGGUGGUGCUCCAACUUCAGAACAACUUCAUACCGUUGUGGGUUUGUCAGCUGGAAUGGGAGAUAAUCCUGGUGCACCAGAUUGUCCUUCUCCCACUGAUAAACUGAAAGAGGCUCUUUGUUCUCAGGAAGCUUUCAACAAAACAUAUUUAGAAUUGGCGGAAUUAGCCAUGUGUACGUACAAACACAUCGGCCGUCUUCGUUCGGCAAGAUUGGUGGGUCGCCAAGUUGCCUCGUUUUACGUUCUUCUCGGCGAAACUCAAACGGCUGCGGCGUUUCUUAGUGAUGCCGUAAGAACAUUCGAACAAGAUAAAUGGCACGAACUUUCUGCACAAACACAAAUAGAAUUAGCAGAAUGUUACAAGAAGGCGAAAGACACAAAAAAGUUCAUAAAAACGUGCGCCAACGUAGCCGCAGCUCUAGAAAUAGAUACUCUAAUUCGGUGGGCUUACUUCGACGAAAUGACCAAGUGUUUACAAUUAUUGGACAAACCUUUGGUAGUGCCUUUUAAUGAUAUAAUAAAAAUUUCUAGUAUCGCUUUAAAAAGCGAUGCGGUCGUUCUACAGGAUGGUAUGAUCACUUCGGAACUAGUGAUCGAGUCGAAUUUUCCCCGUGAGAUUCUGUGCACUAGAGUCGUAAUAUCGAUGGAACUAGAAACUAAAGAAUGUCGGAAGAACGAAAAAUACUCAAAGAAUCGCACUCUCACGAGCAAACACUUUAAACCACGAGAUCCUCUGUUGCAACGGCUGCAGAUAUAUCGGCAUUUGGAUCAUAAACAAGAUAAACAGUUGGCGAGUGCGAGUGUUGUUUGCAAACAACCAGAACAAAAACGGAAAGACAGCGUCGUAGCGCCGCCGAAGAGCGAUUUCACUUAUUGUCUCGAGAUUCACAACUUACCACUAGUUAUAACACCUGGAGUUAAUGUCAUAAGACUGAAUAGACAAGCAAAUAGCAUUGGCAAGUAUUUUUUGGGGCAAGUGGCAUUAUUCAUGAAAAAUAUGCACCUUAUUUCUCAACCUUUGACACCUCGUUUAGCAUUUGAAGUGAGAGAAGAAGCUCCAGUUGUGAGGUUGCACAAAACUGAUGCACCUUUGUUGUCAGGGUUUGAACAAAUUAUGAACUUAAUAAUAACCAUUGGAAGUUAUACAGUUGAACCGAAUUCUAAAAUCAAACUGACAUCGUCUCGAGGGUUAACGUUCCAAACAAAACCUGUUGAACCAUUAACAACCAUGUUAGAAAUCGAACUUGGGGAAAGGGCACCAUUUACUAGUACUAGAAUACCUCUCCGUGUACUAGCCGAUCUGCUAACAAAAGAUCAUCAAGUAUCCAUUAGCUGUCCUUGGACUAACAAGCCUAUUGUGGUUAAAUUGAGCUUCACACCUCCUUUAACAACAACGUGGCGUUUACAUACAGUACACCAUAGGAAGUUUCUUCAAAUUAAUGUGACAAGCCAGUGCGACAAAGAUAUAUACGUAGAAAAACCACAACUUAUAGUGGGCGAAUUUUGUAAAAUUGUAGAUCGAAAUUCUAAUUCUAGUCAAAUAAUUCCUCAUGGUUCGAGCUUUUCGUACAUGUGGGAACUCCUCGCAACACCAAGUGCGCAAGCAUCAACGAUUAAAGGCGAAUUCUCAUUAGUCUACAGUUUUGAUGGUAUUGAUGGUAGUAAAUUGUACAAAUACUAUUUUGAUAUUAAUGAAUAUCAGACUCUAUAUAUUUUAGAAGCAAGCGUAGAACCAACUAAAGGUAGCGAGUUUUGUCGAGAUGGUGCUCUGUGUCAUCUUCACUUAAAAAUAACUAGUGUUGGUCACUCACUUGAACAAAAUAAUGUUCCCAAAUCGGUGAUGUACGAAGUUCUGGCGGAACAAAGUGUGUGGGCUGUUUGUGGCAGAACAGCUGGAGUUGUCUCUUUCGACUCGGAUUCCGAACCCCAAACGGUGGUGUUAGAUGUGAUGCCUUUGACCAGUGGCUUUCUACCUUUGCCACUAGUACGAAUAUCAAAGUACAUUCCGGCGGAAACUUCCGAUAAAUCUGGGAAGAUCGAUAGUCAUCCACGUUUGGAGCCAUUUGGUCAAGGACAGGUUUACAACAACAGCAAAGGAAAACAAGUACACGUCAUUACUGGGGUCAGCGACGGACAUAUUACAUAGCUAGAUGUUUACUUGAACGUUACAAAUUGUUAAAGUAUUACUAUUGCUAGAAUUAAAAUAAAUUUCAGGUUGUUCAUUAAUGUUUUGACUGAUUUUGUGCCAAUUUGAUUUACUUGCCUUUCUGAUAUUGUUAUUCUUGCAAGCAAAAAAAGAUGUAUCGUUGCUGGCUUUUCCAAUUUUCGGUCACAGCAUUCAGUUUCAGUACCGUAGCUGAAGGAUUCAUAGCUGUACAGUACAUUGAAAGUUACGUGUAAUUACAAACUUGGGUAGGAGUUUAUAUAAAUUUAUAUAUUUUUUUUUAUGUAAUUUACUUUACAUGCUGUAUAUUAUUAGUGUAAAUAUCUACCUUUUAAGAAAUAAACGUAUAUUUAUUAUUUGUUAA